UGAUCUUUGUUUUCAUCACGUGAAAAGAAAAUGGCUGCUUACUUGAUUUGUUUUGUUUUGCUGUGUUCUUAUGUUAAUUCAUUGAAAUACGAUCCGACAUGGGAUUCUUUAGAUGCAAGACCACUCCCACCAUGGUUUGAUGAUGCCAAGUUUGGUGUAUUUGUAAACUGGGGUUUAUAUUCUGUACCAGCCUUUUCAUCGGAGUGGUUUUGGUGGCAAUGGAAAGGCCAACCAAUGCCGGCUAUUGUGGAUUACAUGCAGAAAAACUACCGUCCAGAUUUUACUUAUGCAGAUUUUGCAGCUAUGUUCACAACAGAAUUUUUUGUUCCAGAGGAAUGGGCUGAAAUGUUCCAGAACUCUGGUGCAAAAUAUGUUGUAUUAAGCAGUAAACAUCAUGAAGGAUACACCAUGUGGCCAUCCAAGUAUUCCUUUAACUGGAAUUCUAAUGCAACUGGUCCUAAAAGAGAUCUUGUUGGUGAGUUAGCCGCUGCAGUCAGAGCUAAAACACAGAUGAAGUUUGGAUUGUAUCACUCAUUGUUUGAAUGGUUUAAUCCAGUUUAUUUGAAUGACAAACACUCAGGAUUUCAGAAGCAAGACUUUGUCAGGACCAAGACUAUGCCUGAAUUAUAUGAACUGGUGAAUGCGUACAAACCUGAAGUUAUAUGGUCUGAUGGAGACUGGGAGGCUGCUGAUGCCUACUGGAAUUCAACCAACUUCCUGGCUUGGCUUUAUAAUGAAAGUCCAGUAAAAGAUACAGUAGUGACCAAUGACAGAUGGGGACAUGGAUGUCCCUGUAAACAUGGUGGAUAUUUUUCAUGUACUGAUAGAUUUAAUCCAGGCAAGCUGCAGAACCACAAAUGGGAGAAUGCUAUGACAAUAGACAAAUUUUCCUGGGGAUACCGCAAAAAUGCUAGGAUUGAAGAUUUCCUAACAAUAGAGGAUCUUAUAUCACAGCUUACUUCUACUGUCAGCUGUGGAGGUAAUAUGUUGAUGAGUGUUGGUCCUACAAAAUAUGGAACGAUUAGUCCUCUUUAUCAAGAGAGACUCCAUCAGAUGGGACAAUGGCUUCGUGUAAAUGGAGAUGGAAUCUAUGGAACUAAACCCUGGGUUCACCAGAAUGACACUGUUGUUAAAAACGUGUGGUAUACAAUGAAGAAGGGGUCUACAGAAACUGAUGUCUAUGCAAUACUGCUGGAAUGGCCCGACAAUAACUUGGUAAAACUUGGAGCACCUAUAACAUCGAAGGAUACAACUGUCAGCAUGUUGGGAUAUCCCGAAAAAGUAACAUGGACAGCUGGAGCUGGUGGGAAAGGAAUUAAUAUACAGAUACCACCCUUAUCUGUGAAAACUGUUCCAUGUGAAUGGGCAUGGACUUUUAAAAUGACAGGUUUACAGAAUUAAUCAUGAUUUGAGGAAGAUAUUCAAAAUUAAUUUAGAGUGUUUGAGGAAAGAGACAUCAGAUAUUUCAGGGAUUUCCUAUGUAUUUCAACUUAUUUUUCAAAAUUUCAAAAAGAAACAGCAAAAAAAAGCUAUCUUAGUGUGGGGAAUUGGCUGGAAAGUUAUGAUCGAUUAAUCUGAAUAAUAGAACAGCAUGCUCUGAUUUAAUUUCAAGUAAAAUCAUUUUUUUGAUUUAUAUGCAAGUAAUGUAGGAAUUUAGUUCACAAUGACGCACUUUUCCUUAUGUAAUACUCGUGCAGGUCAUAUGUUGUAUUGUAGAAGAAUUACUCAAACAUUCAGAUCCAUAAAUACACCUUACUCACUACUGUAUGCUUAAAACAUGUAAAAAGGGUGUAUAUGUGCAAAAUGGAUAAUUUAUAGGUGUUUAAAGGCAUUCCUUACAUUGACAAAGAGGUGUCAAAAGGUUUCCUAAAAGAAAAUUAUAGAAUAUUUAUACUUUAUUGAUUAUAAAAUACUGAAAAUUAUAAUGGAUAAUCAGAACAUCAUUAGUUUGGUGAUUUUGAAUAUCAAUUUUAAUUUUAUGUUCAAAAUGUUUUUUAAUGGAUACCCGAAACAAAGCACAAAAACCAUAGAAGUAAAAUUAUAACCAGUUAGGUCUGAGUUAUCCCAUUUUGUCUGACAAACUUCAAUUUUUAACUAAAACUGGUGAAAAAUAGGAACUCAUAAUUUAAAAAAUUUAGUUUCCUCAAUUACCUUAACAUGUUUAUCAAACUUCAAACACUGUUAAUACUUGAUACUGUGUUUAACAUGAAAAAUGCAUCUUUUUGCCAGUAAUACAUGUAUAGGAAAAGUCCAAAAUACUUUGACAUCAGUAAAAAUAUGACACAACUUUCUAUUGGAAAGGCUAGAAGAUGGCGGAGACAAAAAAUAGACUGUUGCAGUUGGAUGAUUUAAAUCUUUGUAGGAAGUUGAAAAAAUGGGUUUUAGUGUGGAAAAAUAUUUGUUUUAUUGUCUGCCCCAUUGUGAUAUAAGCAUGGAUUCAAUUAUAUUACACUCUUCCUGUUUUAUACUUCUGCUCUGAAAUCUUUAAAUUAUAUCUUCUUAUCAAUUUUGAUUUUUUUUUAAAUGGGACCAAACCAUGUUCACAAUGCAUCUUUUGAAGAGCUUAUUAGUUAACAAAAAGUUAUUUUUAAUAAACCAAUCUUGUUUGGUGGUUACUGAGUACAUAUAGACCUGGUGACUGUGUCAUGUUACACAGAAUUUAAAACCAAUCUUAAAAUUGGUUUUUUCUGAUUUUUUUUUAAGUUUGCCUUAAAUUUUAUAAUUUCUCAAACUUCAUUGUGAAAUGAAGAUUUAGAGAUUUUUAUCAUUAUUAAAGAUAAAAUGAAACGGUAACAAUUUUUUCUUGUGAACUUCUGCUAGAUUGAACUAAAUUGCAGCUUAGUUGAAUCAUGUAUUUUAAAAUAUAUUGAACAAGUGUGUAGUAUACCAUGUAAUAUUAUAACAAGUGGGUUGUUUACAGAUAAAUGGAAUCAUGUAAUUUAUAAAUAUUACAGAACAUAAGUGAUAUGCUAUUUAAUAUUAUAAAAAUUGGGUUGUUUUUAGCUAAAUGGAAUCAUGUAAUGUAUAAAUAUUAUAGAACAUGUGUGAAAUGCUAUUUAACAUUAUUGCAAGUGUUUUUGUCUUGCCUGCGACUUUUAUCACAGAAUGCGAGACAUAUGGAUUACAAUCAACCGGAACCAGACAUUGACCUCAUUUCAUAGAUCAGUGAUCAAGUUUAAGUUGUCUUCAAGUCCACAUCUCAGAAAGUAUAACCAAAAGGUCAACUUUAUUUGGUGAAUGAAAUGAUAGUAAGGUGUACUAUCUGUCAGGGUUCAUUUGAUAUUUGACUUUAUUUUCAUAGUUCAUUAGUCAUGUUGAUUUUUCAGGGUUAUCUCUGUUUCUCAGAUACUUUAAGCAAUAGGUCAACUUUAUUUGUUGAAAGGAAUGAUAACAUGGUGUACAUGUUGUCUGACAGGGUUCAUCUGACCUUUGAUCCCAUUUUAAUUUUAAUGACUCAUUGGUUUAUGUUCCAUUUUCGUAUUUAGGUCUGUUUCUCAAAUACAAUAAGCAAUAGGCUAAUUAUAUUUGGUGCAUAAUAUGAUUGUAAGGUGAACAUUUCUGUUGACAGGGUUCAUCUGACCUUAACCUCAUUUACAUGGAUUAAUGUUAAGUUUAUCUGAUACUUGUAGUAUUAAAACCUUCAUAAUACUGACUUUCAACAUAAAUUCAACCAUGAUGAUUAUAUGAUGAGAACAGCAGGUGAAACAUUUCAGCAUGUACACUCUUGUUUUUAUGAGAUUACAUAUCAUAUAAUACUUGUUACUGGGUCAUAAAAUAAUCUACUGGGCUACAGUAUGUGUAAAUAGAAAGUAACUAAAUUUUUUUAUUAUUUAUACUCAUAAUAAUGUGUAUACACAUUUGUAUUGAAAAGUGCCAUAUAUAGUUAUAUAUAAUGAAAAUUCAUGAUCUGUAGUGCUAGGAAAAAAAUAAUGUCAUAAUUCUGAAUGAAGUUACAAUAUUAUGACACUAAUUUAUAAUUCAUAUGAGCAAAACAUUAAUAUUUUUUCAUCUAUGAUAUUGAUGGUAUUAUCAGUACAACAAUAAACAUUUUUAGGUCUAUUGUAUAUAGAUGCUACAGAGGAUUGUUGUAUAGAUUAAUGAUAUUUAAUAUCAUAUAUAUACAUAUUAACUAAAACCUUGGGAAAAAAAUAAGUAUGGAUAAAAUAUGUUGGGUAAAAUAAAUAAAAUGUGCAUCUGAAAAAAAAAUCAUUAGUUUUUCAUAUUAGGAAUCUAAUUCAGCCUGGUAGCUUAUGUUUAUUAAAUUAAUUAAUUUCUUCCAUGUUGUAAACAUUCAAUGUUACAAAAUUAUUAAAAUAUAAUUAUAACAAGUCACAAUUUGAAAGGUUACAUAUCUUCAUUUUAAAUAUGUAGUUACAAAUAUGCAGUAUAUAAAGGAAAGAAUUAUUGACAUUUUGCUAUUUAAUAAAGAUUGGAUAAAAUUAUUGACCAUUUGAGACUGUAUCAUUGUAAGUAAGUGCAAAACGUACAUUAAUUGCUUACAGCCACUUCAUUUGAACUUUGGUGGAUAGUUGUCUCAUUGGCAAUCAUACACGUCUCCUUAUUUUUAUAUUGAGAUGGAGAUGGUCAUUGUAAAAAAAAAGUUCCAUCAUAAAAAGGUAAGGGAUAACUCAAAUCGAUACUAGUAUAGUCAUUAUGAGCCCAUUUUGUGUAAAUGAUUGUCCAUUACUAUACAUUCCAAUGAUUUGUUGAUUUGUUUGUUUUUACUAUUUUACAUUAUUGCAUAAUGUUGAAAUCCUUUUUGAUUUUUUUAUAAACUAAUUUACAUUUUUGUAUUUUGUUGAAAUCCUAGUUUUUAUUAAAAUAAAUGUUUAUACUCAAAGA